CCAUGGCUCCAAAGCGCAAGCCCUCGGUGCAGACUGGGGGCCCUGAGAAGAAGGGGCGGCGAGGAACAGGGGAGGAGAACAGCUUCCACUCCACCGCUGAGGCCCUCAGAGCUGCACCUGCGGAGAAGCGCGUAAUCCGCGUGGACCCUGCAUGUCCACUCAGCCACAACUCAGGGGUCCAGGUGCAUGAAGACUACGACUGCACCCUGAACCAGACUGACAUCAAGAGCAACAGCAACAAGUUCUACAUCAUCCAGCUGCUGCAAGAGGGCAGCCGCCUCUUCUGCUGGAACCGCUGGGGCCGCGUGGGAGAGACAGGCCAGUCAAAGAUCAAACAUUUCGCACGGCUAGAAGAUGCAAAGAAGGACUUUGAGAAGAAAUUUCAGGAAAAGACCAAGAACAACUGGGCAGAGCGGGACCACUUCGUGGCCCACCCCGGCAAGUACACACUUAUCGAAGUGCAGGGAGAAGACGAUGCCCAGGAGGCUGUGGUGAAGGUGGAUGGAGGCCCAGUGAGGACAGUGGCUAAGCAAGUGCGACCCUGCUCCCUGGACCCAGCCACACAGCAGCUCAUCACCAACAUCUUCAGCGAGGAGAUGUUCAAGAAUGCCAUGGCCCUCAUGAACCUGGAUGUGAAGAAGAUGCCCUUGGGAAAGUUGAGCAAGCAGCAGAUUGCACGGGGCUUCGAGGCCUUGGAGGCAUUGGAGGUGGCCCUGAAAGCCCCCACAGAUGGUGGCCAAAGCCUGGAGGAGCUGUCCUCCCACUUCUACACUGUCAUCCCACACAACUUUGGCCGCAGCCGGCCCCCACCCAUCAACUCCCCCGAGUUUCUUCAGGCCAAGAAGGACAUGCUGCUGGUGCUGGCUGACAUCGAGCUGGCCCAGACCUUGCAGGCAGCCCCUGAGGAGGAGAAGAUAGUGGAGGAGGUUCCACACCCUCUGGACCGAAACUACCAGCUUCUCAACUGCCAGCUCCAGCUGCUGGACUCUGGGGCACCUGAGUACAAGGUGAUACAGACCUACUUAGAAAAGACUGGAAGCACCCACAGGUGCCCUACCCUUCAACAUGCUUGGAAAGUGAACAGAAAAGGGGAGGGAGACAGGUUUCAGGCCCACUCCAAGCUGGGUAAUCGAAAGCUUCUGUGGCAUGGCACCAAUGUGGCUGUGGUGGCCGCCAUCCUCACCAGCGGGCUCCGCAUCAUGCCACAUUCCGGUGGCCGCGUUGGCAAGGGCAUCUACUUUGCCUCGGAGAACAGCAAGUCAGCUGGCUAUGUUUCUGGCAUGCACUGCGGGGCCCACCAUAUCGGCUACAUGUUCCUGGGCGAGGUGGCAUUGGGCAAAGAGUACCACAUCACCACUGACAAUCCCAACUUGAAGUGUCCGCCCCCGAGCUUCGACAGUGUCAUCGCCCAAGGCCUCACAGAGCCUGAUCCAACCCAGGACACCGAACUGGAGCUGGAUGGCCAGCGAGUAGUGGUGCCCCAGGGCCACCCCAUCCCCUGCCCAGAGUGCAGCAGCUCCAGAUUCUCCCAGAGCGAGUAUCUCAUCUACCAGGAGAGCCAGUGUUGCCUGCGCUACCUUCUGGAGGUUCGCCUCUGAGCUGCUUGCCCUGCCCUGCCCCCUAGGGUCCUGCUAGGGGCUGGACCAUGAUCUUCAAUCUUCCUGCCCAUCCCUGGUACCCCCAUAUCAGCCCUUCUUUUUUUGUGUGUGGUUUUCAAGAAUACAAUACAGUGUUAUUACUAUAGU